AUGUCUUCAGAUGAAGGUCCUUUGGACCCACCCAAGAACACUCAGGGACUAGACUUAUCAAAGUUGUCGCCGCAAGAAUUGCGAAUUUACAAGAUGUACGGAAAGCUCCCCACGACACAGCAGAUAUUGUCAUCGAAGUUCCAGGACAAGAAGUACUUUGACAGCGGUGACUAUGCCAUGCAAAAACAGAUGGGAGGCAGUAAGUCAGGAGUUGCUGGCGCCGUGCCUAUGGCCCAUCCCAACGCCGAGAAAGUCAAGGAGAUGUACAACCGUAACUCCAUCAGCGCCUCCAAUUCAAAUUUCUUGUUUAAUGGCAAGCUGAACUUGCUCAGCGAGAGCACUUCAGAGGAUGAGAAGAAGCAGUAG